UGCCUGCCCCUUUAAGUUCCCCUCUCGUGUGUCUCCUUUUCUGUUCCAUUGCCGCUCAUCAAUAGGAAGAGCAUCGUUGCAGCCAGGCGAAGACCGCGUGGCUCGUGCAAGGCAGGGAGAGGAGCGGGGGGAAAGCAAAGCAGACAGGAGGCGGGGAGGAAGUUUCACUUGGGGGGGGUGACGCAGAGGCUUUUCUCCCUCUGCUGGGUCUCUCCCCCACCCCCUCCCCCAUUUUGGUGGAAGCCACGUCAAGAGCAGCAGAGAUGUCUUCCGAGAAAGCAGGCCUCCCUGAUUCUGUCCCCCACACCUCUCCCCCACCGUACAAUGCCCCCUUACAACCCCCUCCGCCACCCCCACAGGAUGCCCCCAUCCCUGGUUACAGUGACAUCCCUGCCACAGCCAUACACUCGGGCACCGCCACCCUGCCCAGACUCGGAGGGGCUGCCACACUUCCUCGUCCUCCCCCAUCUUCCGCCACCCUUCCCCGUCCUCCUCGCCACCAUUCAGCCACCCUGCCCCGCCUUCCCCCCGACCCUUACAUGCAGGAGACUCAGUUCAACGGGGCGCCCCAAGGCUAUGUCGUUCAGACACAUCCGCCUGUCGGCACCCUGCCAAUCGGAGGGUAUAUGCACCCGGGAUAUCCGGUCCAGCUUCAGCCUUGCACAGCUUAUGUACCAGUCUACCCUGUUGGGGCGUCGUACCCCCAGGGCAAUCCUCCUCCACCACCGGCUAUGUCUCCAACACAGGUGACACCUGGCAUUGCUGUCCUGGAACCGCGCCGCCCGCCGCACGAUUACCUUCCCAUUGCUGUCCUCACCACCUUCUGCUGCUUCUGGCCCACGGGCAUCAUUGCCAUAAUCAAGGCUAUACAGGUGCGGACCGCGGUCGCCAACGGUGACAUCGUCACAGCAGAAAUCGCCUCUACUUGGAGGUCUGCAUGAAUCCUCCCUUCAUCAGCUCUGGAGUGUGGGCAUCACACCAUGACCUUGUGCACCAUCCUCACUGUGGUGAUCAUCAUUGCUGCUCAGCACCACGACAACGACUGGGGACUCCCCUCAGAAGGACCGACUGCAUUGUUUUCGGCCUACUCCUGUACUCACUUCAAGUAACUGGUGGCAUGCACAGGCCUCAAAUCCCUGGAUAACCAUCAAAGGUUCCAAUGAUGGUCCUUGGCAACCACGGCUCCCCUGAAGUUUUUAGCAGCUGUCUCCUCCCCUGGCAACAGUUACUUGGAAAACACUGGGCAACGGUCUCCCGCACAGUCCUUGGCUACCGUUGCCUCUGCGAAUGGCUCAUACUCAGCAACAGACUUCCAGAUGACUGCGAUCAGACUGAAUUUUGAUGCACAUACACACACCCCUAGGUGGCCGGGUCUUCCCAUAAGGGUCUAGUAAAUCUAAUCUUUUCCUCUCAUUCACGUUUAAUUAGAACAUUUUGGCUCGGCUUCCUUUCUCAUUCAAGGAGUAGGUCUCCUAUUUCUAGUAAUCCCUAUUGCCACCAUCUUCCUCCUGCUGCGUUUGCAUGCACAGUGCCACUGACUUCCAGAAUAAUUUUUUAAAAAAAAUCCCUGCUGCCUCAAUCCUGGUUGGGCUCUGCCUCUGUUCUCUCUACCCACAGUCUUGCAUCAGCUACUCAGCAAGUUUAGGAAGGCCUGCCUCUCCUAUGCUCGACCGGUGUUUGUGACUAGUGAAAUGCAAACAAGUCGUGAUCUCUUCAUGGCCAUGGUGUUCUGCAACUGCCCCCCCCCCCCCGAGUUCUGGACUUGGAAGAGGCCUUAUAGACCACUGAGUCCAAGCUCUUUGGAAAUGUAAAGCUUCGUUAUUCCCCACGGGUGGCAGUCCACCCACUGUUUAAAGACCUCCACCCAAGGGAGGGCCCCCUUCUAUAAAACUGGUUCCAGGGCAAACCUGCCGAUAUGGCUAAGAAUCCUGUAACGCUUUCCUCUUGCACCUGCACCUCUAAGGCAGGUGGCGCCGCCUAAUUCGUGGGCGUUUUGUGUCUGCCUCUUCCUAGUUUUUGAUCCUUAUCAGACUUCCUAGCUGUUUGGGAGGAGAGCAGCGCAAUUGCUUCUGAGUUGUUCCUUUUCUUAAUCCCUUUGGAUUAAGAGUUGUUCCCUUUGGAGGACAGCAGCGCAAUUGCUUCUGAGUUGUUCCCUUUCUUAAUCCACAUUCAGGAUAACAGUGGAAACAACUGUUGUGGAAUUAGGAAAGAAAACUAACUUUCUCCUUGUUCCUCCAACCGUUAGGGUUUAGCAAGCUAGCUGCCCCCUGCUUGCCACAGGACCUUUAAGGAGUCCCUUUUCUGUACAGCUUUAAGCAAUCCCCCCUUUUCAUCCCAGCAGUGGCGUAUCUACCUAGGGACAAGGGGUACCCCUUGUCUCCGGGCGCCACUCUUCUGGUCACGUGGGGGGCGCAAAAUUGGCCCCCCCACGUGACCAGGAAGUCCUGCUGCCUUGUCGUUUUCGCAUGCCUCAACCGAUCCGUGUCAGUCGACGGGGAAGGGGAGGAAACGACGAAGCACGAGGACUUCCUGGUCACGAGGACUUCCUGCUGCCUCCAAGCACCCUCAACCCCCCCAGGGGGUGGAGCCCGGGGCAUCAGGGGGCAGAGCCGGGGGGGCUCAAUUUGUCUCCAGGCGCCAUUUACCAAUGAUGCGCCUCUGCAUCCCAGCCAUCUUGCACUACUCUUCCUUUAUAAUUAUCUUUUUUUUUCUUGAGAAAAAUGAAAGACAGAAAAGGUAACUAAGACCUUUAUUCUCCUUUCUUCAUCUUUAUGCUUUCUUAUGGAUUUUAUAAACGCUUGUGCUAAAUGACAAACAUACCCCUAACUAGCCAUCACGGCAAUCUUACAAGGCAGGUUAGGUGAAGAGAGUUUAUACACUGCUGAGGCUAGUCCAAUCUUGUUGGCUCUUGGAAGCUAAGCAGGGAAUGCCUUGGCCAGGGAGUAGACCAAGCAAGCCCAGCUUUGUCACACAGAAGCAAGCAAUGGCAAACCACCUCUAAAUGUUUCUUGCCUUGAAACCUUCUUGAGGGUUAGCCAUUAAGUUGGCUGCAGCUUGGGAACAAAAAUAACCCAAAAGUUCAUUGAAGCACAUGGGCUUAGAAGGGUCUAACCCUGCUUAAAGAUGGCCAAUGUUAAUAAUUUUAUUUAGAUAAGAAGAAUUUGGAUUUAUACCCCACCUUUCUCUCCUGUCGGGAGGCUCAAAGGGGCUUACAAACUCCUUUCCCUUCCUCUCCCCACAACAGACACCUUGUGAGAUAGGUGGGGCUGAGAAAGAUUUGAGAGAACUGUGACUAGCCCAAGGUCACCCAGCAGGCUUCAUGUGUAGGAGCAAGGAGACAAAUCAAGACAAACCCGCCACUCAUGUUGAGGAGUGGGGAAUCAAACCCGAUUCUCCAGAUUAGAGUCCACUGCUCUCAACUCCUAUGCCAUGCUGGCUCUCAGCUCUGAAAAGCCCAUCCGUCAUUGCCAAUUAAUGCGCAAGGUUCCAUACAUGAAACCACACGAAAAUAACACAUCAAGCUUUUUUAAAAGGGGAAAAUGAGAUGGGGCUGAGAAAAGUUGCAUUUUAGGGAAUCCACCACAGCAGAUUUUCUGCAAGCUACCAGAGAACAAAAAGUCAUCAGGCACUCUUUAAAAAAAAAAUAUUUCAGAGGAGUGGGGAAGACCACUUACUGUCUACCACAAAAAGUCUGACUUCCCCCUCUGACAUGGGGUGUUAACGGUGGUAUAUCCAAUCAGAGGUAUGUCUGACCAGACUGAGAUUCCAGGUAAGUGACUUGUGUCGGGCAGCUUUGGAUCACACCUGUUUCAGGCUACAGUUGUGGGAAGUAACAUUUUUACACAUUCUCCCCCCAAGUCAACUGCACCUUGCGUGCAUGUUUAGCUGAGGGAGAGAUCAGUUAUCAGGAGACGACUCAUCUGGGUUCAGGUGAAAAGAUUUCCGGCUGUUCUAUCAUUCCCGGUGCCUCUCCCCAAAAACCUUUGUGCCAAACCCACAUUCUGUGACAUGGAAAACAAAACAAAACAGAAACCUCCCCGGUUCUUUCCCCCACUUUUUCUUGGAUGUUGGACUCUGUGGUUAUAUUAUUAUCUCUGUUGCAAGUGACAUGGUUACAGAAUCUCGAUUACUUAAUAAAGAUACUUGAUUCUCAGUA